AUGGAAAUACCAAAGGUAGACACACCGUGUGAUAUAUGUAUUUGCGAGGCGUUACUGGAGGACAAGCUAGCGUCAAAAGAACCGUUCGGACUGUUCGAAUUCUGGCACAGAGAGGCUUGCAAUAACGAUGAAGUUAUAAAUCCCGAUGCCAUGUGCCUAUCUACCGCUACUCCCGAAGGUGUUCCAUCGGCGCGUAUUGUCCAACUCCAAGGUCAUGACAAAAAUGGCUUUAGAUUUUAUACGAGCAGUGAGAGCCAAAAAGGCAGAGAGUUGGAAGAAAACCCAAACGUAGCAUUAACAUUUUACUGGCCAGCUCAACAACGUUCAGUUCGCAUAGAAGGUCGCGCACAAAUGUUACCCAAAGCGGAAGCAGCGACAUUCUUUCAAAGUAGACCGCUGGAUACCCAGAUAACGUCACAUGUGAGUAAGCAAAGUACGCCGUUGGCGGACAGAGCGGAGCUGUGGAGACAACAUAUUGAUAUGGCAAAAAAAUUUGAAUCUGGAGGAGUAGUUCCCGUACCGAAAACGUGGCGAGGUUACACGGUGAUUCCGCGUACUGUAGAGUUCUGUCAAGCCCGCAAGAAUCGGCUCAGCGACCGUAUACGCUUCAGACGACCAAAUCCAAGCGAAGUUAUAGAUGGACACAUAGUUCAUCCGGGUAUAGAUGGAUGGGUCUUCGAACGAUUGGCGCCGUAACAUAGUUAAGUAAUUACUAGGUGGCGUUGGUGGUAUAGAUAUAGACAAAUGUUUUGUUAGCGCCAUCUAGUGUUACUCAACUUGUCAUAUUGCGGAAUUUUAAAGAACUAAUUUCCAGUGACAGCAUAAAAUAGUGAUGUUAAAAAUCA